CAGCGGAUGGUGUGAUAGCGUACAGGAACGCAUACCUGAUCCCACUCUUGAUCCAAGCAAGCUGACAUUGCUUCCGGAGAUCCACUCCCUGAACAAGACUUAGUCUGAGGACGGCCAAGUAAUGGGUUCGCAAAGGGAGUCCCCGGCGCGAAUGAGUAACGAUCGAAACCAAGCAAUAGAUGACACAUAUGCUACGAACAACUCUUCUCCAACAUCUUUUUCAUUUUCUGAUUAUUCUUCUAAUGAUUCUAACGACGAUAUCAACGACGGCGGGAGCCAAUCAGGGCCAUCAGUCAUUCGAGGAGACCAACGGGAAUCUCCCUCCUCUUCAGAAGCUAACGAGGAACUGUCAUCCGAAUCUCUUAAUAUGGUCAAGCCACAUAAGUGCGAUAGAUGCCCGAGGUCUUUUGAAAAGCGACAUCAACUUAAUCGCCAUAUCCGAUGGCAUGAGAAGCCUGAAAAAUGUCCCAAGUGCCCUUACACUGCUCAAUAUAAAAAAGGCAUUACAAGACAUGUCUGGGUCCAUCACUCAAAAUGGGCUGAAAACACGAACUAUCCGUCAAUCCAAGAAACGUGUAAGAUUUGCAAAACCAUCCUACAGAGACCCGACUAUGUGAAACGUCACAUGAAAGAAGUUCACAGGGGCAUUAAGAGGCAGAGAGGUCCAAGGGGAUAGAUUGCUUCCUGAAAGGCUGGGAUGAAAGAGUUGUAUCUUUUCAUUUUAUUGUUUUUUUUUCUUCUCUCUUUCUCUCUCUCUUUCUUUUCUAUGCACUUUUCUCUACUGUCUUUUUCAUGUUC